CAAUACAACACAAAAUAACAUUUCCUUAAUUAAGCUUUGACGUGUCGUACAUCCUCGAGACAAUGAUGACGUCAUGUAAAUUAUUCCCUGUUCUACUCGUUUUCUGGAUGAAGCAGGCAGUACAACAAACAAGAUCAUUUACAAAACAAUAAACAAAUUAUAUUUGUACCGAGGGUCUGAAAUGCUUGUAUUAUAUUUCAGUCAUAGUUGUUUUUUUUUGUUAGUUGUUCCGGACACGUGACCAUAGCCGGUCCGUCACGUGACUCCGUUUGUUGACGAAGGUUCGUGUGUGUUUGAUCGCAGACGAAAGCAAUGUCAUUCCAGCGGAGGCGAUGUGUUCCAACAUAAUGUCAGAUCAGGGAUCUUUUUAAAACAGACCGGACGCAUGGACACCCCUCCGGAUGAUUAGGAGCAGGCUGACAGAUUUAAUGUCUUUGUCUUGAAAGGAAGGAUUUUUCUUGCCAGCCGGUGAGAGAACGGCGCAUGAAGCUCAUCCUGCAGGCCCUCUGUACCGAGGUUGUGAAGCAUUGGCUGUAAACUAAACAUGGCUUUGUGGCGACAGUUUGGGCUCCUUCUCUGGAAGAACUACCUGCAGCAAAAGCGUCAGAUCUUGGUGACAUUGGUGGAGAUCACACUGCCCCUCCUGUUUUCCGCCAUCCUGAUUGCAUUGCGGCAGAAGGUGUCCUUUACCAAUUACCCUAAUGCCACACAUUACAGUAGCUUUUCAUUGGAAUGGCCUCCUGCUUUCCUACCUUACGGCUUGCAACUUGCCUACGUGCCAGGAAACUCCAGUAUAGUACGGCAGGUGGCUGAGGAUGUGCAGCUCAGCCUGAAAGCGGGCUUCAUCAGUGCUGUGCGUGGGUUUGAAACUGAACAUCAGUUUGAGGAGUUUGUAAAGACAGACCCUGAAUCAGCAAAGAUCCUGGCAGCAGUGGUGUUUGAGCACUCUUUUACUCAAGAUGAUGAACCUCUCCCACUUCAGGUCAGCUAUGAUCUGCGCUUCACCUAUAGCCCCCGGAAUGCACCUUCCAGGGAAAAAUCUGAGCUGAACCCGAACAAUGACCUCGACUGGCACACUCUCAGCCUAUUCCCGCUUGUUCAGCUGCCUGGACCUCGAGAGCAGCAUGAUUCUUAUGGAGGCACUCCAGGUUAUUACCGUGAAGGCUUCCUAAUGAUCCAGCAUGCUGUGGACCGAGCCAUUAUGAAGGCGUACAACAGGACAGCGGCGACUGCCCUCUUCAUGCAGACAUGGGUUGUGUUGUCACGAUUUCCUUACCCAGCUUUCAUCUAUGAUGUCUUCAUCUUGGCUAUCCAGAACCAGCUGCCCCUUCUGCUGGUGCUCAGCUUUACUUACACCUCCCUCAAUAUUGUCCGAGCCAUAGUGCAAGAGAAAGAAAGAAAACUCAAGGAAUACAUGAAAAUGAUGGGUCUGAGCAACUGGCUGCACUGGAGUGCCUGGUUCUUCAUGUUCUUUCUUUUCCUCUCAAUCUCCAUCUUCUUUGUCACCUUGCUCAUCUGUGUCCAGGUGAGUCCAAAUGGAGCAGUGCUGACCUAUAGUGACCCUACGCUAGUCUUUGUCUUCCUCCUUGUAUUUGCUGUGGCUACUAUCAGCUUCUGUUUCAUGAUCAGCUCCUUCUUUUCCAGAGCUAAUGUAGCAGCAGCGGCAAGUGGUUUCCUCUACUUUUUUAGCUACCUGCCGUACUUGUUCCUGUGGCCAAGGUAUGACCUGCUUACUCACUCUCAGAAAGUGUCUGCCUGUCUCAUCUCCAAUGUGGCCAUGGCUAUGGGUGCCCAACUUAUUGGCAUGUUUGAAGGCAAAGGCAUAGGGAUCCAGUGGAGUAAUCUGUUUGAGCCUGUGACUGUGGAUGAUGACUUCUCACUGGCUCAGGUUCUUGGACUCUUGCUGCUGGAUGCCAUACUGUACAGCCUGGUGGCUUGGUACAUCGAGGCAGUGUUCCCUGGAGAGUACGGAAUGCCACGACCAUGGUACUUUUUCAUUCUGCCUUCAUACUGGUGCAACAGCCCUCGAGUUGCCCUGGUAAAAGAGAAGGAGGAAGAAGAGGAUGCAGAGAAAGCACUAAAGGGCGAGUUCAUUGAGGAGGAGCCAACUGGAUUAGUCUCGGGGGUCAAAAUCAAGCACCUGACCAAGGUUUUUAAAAUGGGCAAUAAGACCAAAGAAGCAGUAAAAGACCUUACAUUAAAUAUGUUUGAAGGCCAGAUCACGGUGCUGCUUGGACAUAAUGGGGCCGGAAAGACCACCACACUGUCUAUGCUGACUGGCUUGUUUCCUCCCAGCAGUGGCCGAGCUUACAUCAAUGGCUAUGAUAUAUGUCAGGAUAUGGUGCUGAUCCGCCGUAGCCUAGGUCUGUGUCCACAACAUGAUGUGCUUUUCGACAACCUCACAGUCCGUGAACAUCUGCUUUUUUAUGCCCAGCUAAAGGGCUACCCUUGUGAGCAGAUUCCAGAUGAAGUGGAACGCAUAAUGCUUAUCCUAAAUCUGGAAGAUAAGAAGAAUGCACGGUCAAAGACCCUUUCAGGUGGAAUGAAGCGCAAGCUUUCUAUUGGAAUUGCACUUAUAGGAGACUCAAAGGUGGUAAUGCUGGAUGAGCCUACUUCUGGCAUGGAUCCAUCAGCUAGACGAGCGACAUGGGAUCUUUUGCAGGGUGAGAAACGAGGUCGAACCAUUCUUCUCACCACGCACUUCAUGGAUGAGGCUGACCUACUGGGAGACCGCAUUGCUAUUAUGGCUGGUGGGGAACUCCAAUGCUGUGGCUCACCUCUCUUUCUCAAGAACAAAUAUGGUGCUGGUUACCACAUGGUGAUAGUAAAAGAUGCGAUGUGUAAUGUAUCAGAGAUCAGCCGACUGGUCCACAUGUACGUGCCGAAUGCCACCCUGGAGAGCAGUGCUGGGGCUGAAAUUUCAUACAUCCUGCCAAAAGAGAGCACGAGCCGAUUUGAACUCCUGUUUGCUGAGCUGGAAAUGAACAGAGACGAGUUGGGCAUUGCGAGCUAUGGAGCAUCUGUUACCACCAUGGAGGAAGUUUUUCUUAGGGUCGGCAAGCUGGUAGACUCCAGUCUAGACAUUCAGGCCAUUCAGCUUCCAGCUCUACAGUACCAGCAUGAGCGCAGGUCACAUGACUGGACAGUUGAUGACGCUAGCAGUAUCAGUGGCAUGACUGAUGUGACUGACUUCACUGAUAGUGGUACAUUGAUCUCUGAGGACUGCUCUAACAUCAAACUCAACACAGGGGCUAAGCUGUACAUUCAGCAGUUCUAUGCCAUGUUCCUGAAGAGGGCACUGUAUAGCUGGCGGAACUGGAAAGUGAUGGUGGCACAGUUUUUAGUGCCACUUAUCUUCACAGUAGUCGCCCUUGUGGUGGCCCAAACACUCCCUGGACAACACAAAACGCCGGAACUUCACCUAGCACUCAGCCGUUAUGGCCAAACCACUGUGCCAAUGGCCCUGGAUUCCGACGCUGGACCCCUGGCUACAGCACUUGCUGAAGCCUAUGCUGCCCAACUUGCUACCCAGACAGUCACACCAGUGACCAAUCUAACUGACUUCUCUGAGUAUGUAUUGAACAAUGCUAUGAGAGAAGGCGGAGCUUUCAACGAGCACUGUGUGGUGGGUGCUGCAUUUCGGGGUCGAACCAGCAGGUUUGCUGAAAUCACUGGCUACUUCAACAACCAAGGCUACCACACACCGGCUACUGCGCUUAUGCUGGUGGAUAAUGCGCUGUACAGGCUCCUCGCUGGCCCUAAUGCUUCCAUCCAGACAGGAAACAAACCCAUGCCCCGCAACAUGUCUGAGAUAGCCCAGAGCCAGCUCUCACAGGGUCAGACUGGCUUUGCCAUUGCUAUUAACCUCAUGUAUGGAAUGGCAUCUUUGGCCAGCACCUUUGCACUACUCCUGGUUGUGGAACGCUCUGUGAAGUCCAAGCACGUACAGCGGGUCAGCGGUGUCUACAUCUCCAACUUCUGGUUCUCUGCGUUGCUCUGGGACCUGAUCAACUUUUUGCUGCCUUGUCUUUUAAUGCUGGUGGUGUUCCGUGCGUUUGGUGUGAAAGCCUUUGUUGAGGAAAAUCACCUGGUGGAUGUGUUGCUCAUGUUCGUGCUUUAUGGCUGGGCUGUGAUUCCACUCAUGUAUAUUCUCAGCUUCCUGUUCUCUAGUGCUGCUACUGCCUACACACGCCUCACCAUCUUCAACAUCAUCAGUGGCACAGCGACAUUUCUUGCUGUCACUAUCAUGAGCAUUCCUGAGUUGCAGCUGCAGACACUUUCUCGGCUUCUGGACAAAUUAUUUAUGCUAUUCCCCAACUACUGCCUCGGCAUGUCCUUCUGCCAAUUCUACCAAAACUAUGAGACCAUCAGCUUCUGCACCACCAACAUCUUAACUAAGGAAAUCUGCAGAAUUUACAAUAUCACCUACCAACUAAACUACUUCUCCAUGAAUGAACCCGGAGUAGGGUGCUACCUGGUGGCCAUGUCCCUCCAAGGUGUGGUUUUCCUUGUCCUUCUUUUUGUCAUCGAGCUCCAGUGCAUCAGCACAGUCUUCAACAUCUGCAGGAGAUGCAAAAAGGGUAAGCUGGUCAAAGAUGAAGCCCUUCAACCUGAAGACAGAGACGUGGCUGAUGAGAGAAAGAGGGUUCUGGAAUGCCAGCCUGUGGUGGAGUCCAUGGUGGGCAGUCCUCUCAUUCUGCAAGAACUUACAAAGGUGUACCCAGGGAGUCAGUCUCUGCUGGCAGUGGACCGCUUGUCCCUGGCUGUGGGAAAGGGUGAAUGCUUUGGCCUGCUAGGUUUUAAUGGCGCUGGAAAGACAACUACGUUUAAAAUGCUGACUGGGGAUGAGACUGUGACUGCAGGAGACGCUUUCAUCGAUGGCUACAGUAUUCUUCGGGAUGUAAAAAAGGUACAGCAGCGGAUUGGCUACUGUCCUCAGUUUGAUGCUGUGCUGGAUCACAUGACUGGCCGGGAGACUCUCAGCAUGUAUGCAAGGCUUAGAGGAAUCCCAGAGAAAUAUGUGUUUGCGUGUGUGGAGAAUGUGCUCCGCUCAUUGCUACUGGAGCCACAUGCUGACAAACUGGUCCGCAGUUACAGUGGGGGCAACAAGAGGAAGCUGAGUGCAGGUAUGGCUCUGAUUGGUGGGCCACCUGUCAUCUUCCUGGAUGAGCCAUCCACUGGCAUGGACCCUGUGGCCAGACGCUUGCUCUGGGAUGCAGUCACGCGCACCAGAGAAUCUGGCAAAGCCAUUAUUAUCACUUCACACAGUAUGGAGGAGUGUGAGGCUUUGUGCACUAGACUGGCUGUGAUGGUCAAUGGACAGUUCAAGUGUCUGGGCAGUCCACAGCAUCUAAAGAGCAAAUUUGGCAGUGGAUACACAUUGUUGGCAAAAAUCCAUAUGGAGGCUGAUUUAGAGGAGAUGGACCUUCAGCUCUUUAAAGACUUCAUAGAGAGCACCUUCCCUGGAAGUUUACUAAAGGAUGAACACCAGGGAAUGGUUCAUUAUCACUUAACGGACAAAACAUUAACCUGGGCUCAGGUUUUUGGGACCCUUGAGGCAGCUAAGGAGAAAUAUGGCAUUGAGGACUACUGUGUGAGUCAGAUCUCGCUGGAGCAGGUUUUCCUGAGCUUUGCUCAAUUUCAGCACUGUUCAGAAGGCUUGAGAAAAUCAGACUGAGGAAAAAAAGAAAUUCACACUCUUGCACUCUUAAACCUUACUUUAAGCCUUUAUGGUGCAAAAUGGGCUUGAGAGAAGUUACCUCACAAGUUCAGGUCAACUAUUUUUUCUCCUCCCCAUUCACAACACCCAGGUUUCAACCACUGUAUUGCACGGGUACUGUACUUCAGUAAUUGCAGAUCUUGGACAGUACUUUGGAGGUUUGGACUAAGCAUGUUUUUGUUUAAACAUUUUUUUGUUUAAACUGUAUGUUUGUGUGUGUCUGUGUGUGUAUGGAGGGGGCAGGGUGGUUCAUAGCAAGCAAUGUGACAUGAUUGGAGAGGUUUUUGUUUGCCAUCACCAAGGACCUGUUGAGAUUUAAAAUCUUUGCACUAGUUGUUGUGGAUAGAAACUCCAUCCGAAUCAUGAUUAUCUAUGAUAGUCUAGAUGAAGUGUAAAUGUCUACAUAGUAUAAAGCUGCUUGAGAUAUGUAUGAAUUUGCGGUGGGGUUUUUGUUUGUCUUUUUUAUCUUUUGCUGCAGUCAUACAUUAACCUUAUGUGUAUUUAGGCUGUACUGCAAAAUAUUUCCCCUUAAGGAAUUUAAGAAAUCUAUAACAAUGCCAUGCCAUCCCCAUCUAUAAAAGCAAUCACAUACAUUGCAAUACAUAAAUGUUACUUUAUUAUAUAUUUUUACUCUGUAUUUUUUUUAUAUAAAAGAUGAAUAAUUUGAACUGUUUGCAAAACUUUUUGCAAACAUAUUACCUUAUAAUUAUACCUUUUUAUAACAUAUUACACCCUUUAAAAAAAGCCAUGCUACAGAAACUGCAACAACAACAAGUACAUCCCAACAACUUCCUGGGCGGGAAGACUCCCCUUCAUUGGGCCCAUGAUGUGUGCUGGUAAAAGCCUUCGGGAAGCCGGCUCGCCGAUAAGUCUUUUUAUGACCAAGGCCAAGACCAGGAUAGGAACCUGGAACAUCAGAACCCUGUAUUAAAGUGGUAAGCCACCUCAGGUGGCCAGCGAGAUGAGAAAUUACAACAUCAAGGUUCUUGGAUUAUGUGAGACCCAAUGGAAUGGAAGCAGCCAGACCAGACUGUCUUCAGGUGAAACCAUAAUUUACUCCGGGCACGAAGGGACCACGAUCACACCCAAGGAGUCACGCUACUGUUGGCGCCAGAGGCAAUUAAGAGGGAGAAGAUAGUGAAGAGGAAGGAGGUGAAGCAGAAAAUCAACAGAUGUGAAGAUCAAAAUGAGAAAAUAGGCCUCAGAGCACAAUAUUGGGAGGUGAAAGAAGUGAAGAAGUGUGCCAGACGAGACAGAAGGCAAUUUGUGCACAGUAUGACAGAAGAGGCAGAAACAGCAGCCAAGCAGAACAACAUGAAGAGAGUGUAUGAGAUCACCCGGACUUUGUCAGGAAAGAGUUUCAACCCAAGUAAGCGGGUCAAGGACAAAAAUGGGAUAACCAUCACAAGUGACGAGGAACAAAGAAGAAGAUGGGUGGAACAUUGUGAAGAGAUCCUAAUUCGGGCACCACCACAAACAGUUCCAGACAUCCCACCAGCAGAAGAGCCCCUCUGUAUCAACACUAAUCCACCAAAAGCCAUCAAGUCCUUGAAAAAUGGAAAGGCACCAGGGCCUGAUGGCAUUCCUUCAGAAGUUCUCAAGGCAGACGCGGCAAUAGCAGCGAAGAUGCUACAUCCUCUCCUAGUAAAGGUAUGGGAGCAGGAGCAAGGGCCUGUCGACUGGAAGCUUGGGUACCUGGUGAAGUUCCCCAUAAAGGUAACACAUCUUAGUGCGGCAACUGGCAAUUAUGCUGCUGUCCAUCCCCAGCAAGGUGCUGACCAUCUUGGAAAGAAUGAAGAAGGCACUGGACAAGAGACUGAGAUCAGAGCAGGCAGGAUUUAGACAUGACAGAUCAUCCACAUACCACAUCACCACUAUGCGCAUCAUCAACGAGCAGUCCAACGAAUGGCAGUCCGCCUUGUAUACAACCUUUGUCGAAUUUGAAAAAACUUUUGACAGUGUGGACAGGGGGACCAUUUGGAAACUGAUGCAGCACUAUGGAAUCCCACAAGAGGUUCAUCAACAUCAUCCAACAGCUAUACGAAGACUCGUCCUGCCAGAUCAUCCACAAUGGAAAACUGACCAACAACUUCCCAGUGAAAACCGGAGUGAGGCAAGGCUGCAUGCUGUCACCAACAAUCUUCCUGAUCGUCAUGGACUGGAUCAUGAGAAGAACUAUAGAGGGCAACAACACCGGUAUUCAGUGGACCCUCAAUAAACAGCUGUAGGACCUGGAUUUUGCAGACGAUGUCAGCCUUCUGUCCCACAUGCAGCAACAUGCACAGUCUAAGCUUACCCGGCUCGCUGAGGAGGCAGGAAAGAUCGGCCUGAAGAUCAACGUCAGAAAAAAACGGUGAUGCGGCUGAAUAAUCAACAACAAGACUUGGUGGAAACUGACCGCUUUGUCCAUCUAGGAAGCCUAGUCAGCAGUGAUGCAGAUAGGGAUGUUAGGAGCCGGAUCAACAAAGCAAGGCUUGCAUUUAACACCCUGAGACCCAUCUGGAAUUCCAAUGCCUUAUGUCAGCGCGGCAAGAUCCGCAUCUUUGACACCAACAUGAAAGCAGUUCUCCUGUAGGAAUCUGAGAUGUGGCGACCAACCAACACCAUUACCAACAACAUACAGAGUUUCAUCAAUAAGUGCUUGCGGCACAUCCUUAACAUUAGAUGGCCUAAGAAGAUCUCAAACACAGAUCUGUGGAAGAGAACCAGCAAGAACCUGGUCAAUUAAGACACACUUCAAAAUACACUUCGAAAACCAUUCAACAAUGUCACAAGGCAAGCAUUGGAAUGGAACCGACAAGAAAAAAGGAAAGUGGGGAGACCUAAACAGAUGUGGAGAAGAUCUGUCAAGAGCCAAGUGAAGGCCGCCGGAAUGACGUGGACCCAGCUGAAGAAAAUGGCUCAGAACAAAGUCUGCUGGAGUGGUGUUGUUGCGGCCCUAUGCUCCACCAGGAGUCUACAGGCUUAAAAAAAAAAAAGAAAGAAGAUAUCUUAUACCAUGUUACAAAAAUUAUAUUUGCACUGGAACCAGUCAUCCAAAGAACUAGUUAUUUUAACCUGGUUAAAAUAAUUUUGCCCCUUGGCUUACAUAUGAAAAAUCAAAUUGUAUACGUAUUGUCUAUACAGUAUAUAGUGAUAUCUUUUUUUUUGAAAAUAUAGAACAUAAACUACAUGGCCUAAAGUAUGUGGUCACUGACCAUCACACCGAUAUGUGCUUUUUGAAAAUCUUAUUCCAAAGUAGUUUAGCCCUUUGCUGUUAUGUUACAAUAAACUCCAUUCUCUCAGGAAAGCUCUAAGGUCUUCACAUUCAACCACCAGAGCAUUCAAAAAUUCAACCUUGGCAAACCAAGGUAUUCUAGACAAAUGUGUGCUUUCACCUAUGUGACAACUGUUUAGGUUAAGGCAUGAUGGUCAGAUCACCAAAAACUUGCCCCCCCCAAAAAAAAUAAUAAAAUAAAAUAAUAAAUAAAAAUAAAAUAAAUUUUAUACCUUAAAUAAUAGAAUUAAGCAGUUUCAAGUGUUGAGGCUCUGUGGAUUACAUUGUGAUCAACAUACUAGUAAAACACCAUCUAUGUUGUAACUUAACAUAAACAUGCAAAAUCUUUCGAAUCCAAUUCAAACAUCGAACACUUACAGUUAAUGGCAUAGUAUAUGUAAGCUUUUUAUAUGUUGAGUAAAGAGUAGUACCUAGUAGUCCUAUUCACUAUCGAUUCCAAAGGAACACUACACUACUGUGUUGUUUGCAAGUACCCAUUUACCCAUUUGUAAAAAAAAAAUAUAUAUAUAUAUAUGUUUACAACUAUGUUUUAUUUUACAGUCCUGGACAAAUAACUGCAUUAGUGAUUUGGGCCAAUCAUUUGUUUUUAAAAACUGAUGUCAAUCUUCAUGAAAAAAGAACUAUUUAAAUAUUAAGUAUAGAUGACUAGUAGUCAUACUAGUGUACACUAUGUUGUGAUUGGUACAUUCCAAAUAUCCUGGCUAACAUUACAUGUCAUAUUCACUUUGUUUUUAUUGAUUGAUUUCUCACUAGUGCAUACUCUACUGGUGCCGCUUAAAGGUCUAAUUGUGUACAGGACUUUUUCAGUUUUUAUUGUUUUUUAACAAGAAUGAAUCGAGUACUUAUUAUCUUAAAUGGUUAAAAGGGAAUUUAAAUCAUAUGUACUGUACCAUUAAAUUAAUCUUGACUAAAAUGUUUUCAAUACCAUUUAUUUGUCUUUAUUUAUUUUUAAUAAAUUUGCCUUAAGAAAAAAUGGACUGAAUCUGUUUUGUCAUCAAGAUAUUUUGUCACCCAAGAAGGUCACCCUGAUCACACACUGUUUAUGGUUUUAUAUUUAAAAGACAUGUAUUUUCCCAACUACUGCUAUUACUAUAUGUACUACUACUGUAACUACACUUUACUGCUAAGUACAUUCUGGUCUACAUAUUUUUGUUAAAUAGACAGCUGACUUAAAAAGCUUGUACAUUUGUAAAUUGUUAAUCUUCAAAACAAACAAAUAAAAACCCUGUAAUAAUAUAGGUGAGGUAUUUACAGCACUUUGCUCCAUCAUACAGACUAAAACCAGACUAAAGGUAACAUCUGAAUUGACUGACAGCUCUCGUCUUGUGCAGUGCUGUAUCAGCAUUUACAUAUUCCCCACUCACAAGUCAUUCAAAUUAAACAUUGCAC